UGUUACUUAUAACUUCCGGAAACAAUAUUGUUAUAUUAUCGUUAACAGGAAAAUACAAUUAGACGUAAAUUACUAUUAUCAAAAUGGAGUUUAGUUUCAGACAAUAUUUAAUUCUUGUAUCGAUAUUAUUUUCAGCGGGUGCUACAUUCAUAACAGAAAAUAAGACAACAUGGAAUUCAGCCAUUGAGGAUUGUAAAAUGGAAACUCCUACUAUCAUGUUUCAAGGCGAAACAAAUGACUUCCCAGUAAAGUACAAUUUGGCGGGUAAAGAUGAUGUGGAUAAUGUGUGGGUAGGAUACUUCUUAGCUGCUACGGCAUUCCAUUACAUAGGUUGUAUGGAAGCGAAAAAUAUGAAUUUCAAGGCGGAAUUUAAGCACAACACUCCAGGCUUGUGUUACACAGCAUGCAUGAAGAAAGGUUUGAUAGGCAUAAGUAACAAGAAAUGCUACUGUUUGGGUAAUGCUGAACUAUCAGACAUUUACACCCGGGAAUGUACCAAAGGUUGUGAGGGUCACAAUGACAUUGCCUGUGGUGGAGGUGGAUAUAUGUCACUUUACAGUAUUGAAUCGGCUGCUCAACCCUACAUUGGAGACGGGGAGUGCCUUCUAUAUGACAUGGACGAUGAUAUAAAUGAUCAAUGGAAAUGGUCAAACUGCAGAGAUAAUUUAAGAGUCUUAUGUGCAUCAAAAAAUGGAAACGUUAUCUCAAAUGACGAAAAUGGUUAAGAACAAUCAGCCAAGUGGAGGGAUGCUAUGAACAUUUGUUUAAAUAAUCUGAGACAUCCAACUUCUAUUGCACUGAUAGAAAAUCAAACGUUAUCAUUAUCCUCGAGGUCAUGGGUUGGAGUUAUUCGAAGUGAUGUCAUAUACAG